GCGCGCCUGCUGGAGCGGCAGGGUCGCUGGGGCAGCCUGCAGACCUCCUGGCUGGUCAAGAACGCCUUCGCCGCGUGGCGCUCGCUGCUCCGCUGCGGCGUGGCGAUCUGCGUCGCGCGGAGGGCGGCCGGCCUGGCGCCACCGGGGUCCGACAGCCUCAGGGCGGUGGGCGAGCUCCAGCGGGCAGUCAUCGCCAAGGACCAGCUCGUCGCGCGCCUGCAGCGGGAACUGCAGGACCUGGCGGCCAAGGAGGAGCCCGCCGCCCUGCGGCGCGGCGUGCGCUCGUGCGCCGGCCGCCUCGCCGACGCCUGGGCCGGCGGGCUCGCGGGGCGGGCCGCAGCGCAG